UUCACUUCUAUGCUUAUAGAGUUCUGAAUAACUACAGAGCAAACAAUUUGUUGGGUUGAUAAGAAUGAGUAAAAUACCUGGCAGAGUUUUGCUGUUUCUGUUCUUCAACCUGCUUUCUUCUUUGGUUGUCCACGCCAUAGCCAACAGUAGCGACAGCAAAACGCAAGAUUUCAAAGUAGAAGGCUGUGAUCACGGCUGGUCUCACUGUAAGCAAGCGAUAACUCCUCAGCCAUCAUCUCUUUUGCCUGUUGAAGCAGAGGUUUUGAUAUUUGAAGACCUGAGGCUUUCAGUGGUGUACCCUGUGAUUCAAAAGUUCAAGUCAGUUAUCACCUCGGAUCCUCUAGGAAUCACUAAAACAUGGGUUGGAUCGGAUAUAUGCAAAUACAAAGGCUUUUACUGUGACAACCCACCGGACAACAAGUCUGCCACGGCGGUCGCAUCUAUUGAUUUCAAUGGCUUCCAACUCAGUGCACCAUCCCUCGAUGGCUUCCUCGAUCAGCUCCCUGACAUUGCUGUUUUUCAUGCCAAUUCCAACAAUUUUGCAGGCACCAUCUCCACAAACAUUACCAGGCUCCCUUACCUAUACGAGCUUGAUGUGAGCAACAACCGAUUGUCUGGUCCUUUUCCCGCUGCUGUUGUUGGUCUAAACCGCCUCACCUUCUUAGACCUUCGGUUCAAUUUCUUUACUGGGUCAGUCCCACCUCAAGUCUUCGUCCAGGACCUUGAUUUUCUCCUCAUCAACAACAACAAUUUCAUGCAGAGUCUCCCAAACAGUCUUUCCACCACCCAUAUUCUCUACCUCACAUUAGCCAACAAUAAAUUCAGUGGUCCAAUUCCCGGUGGGAUAGUAAAAGCUUUGUCAUCUCUGACUGAGGUUCUUCUCUUAAACAACUCAUUAUCAGGGUGUCUGCCUUAUGAGUUAGGAUCACUUGACGAAGCAAUCGUGUUUGAUGCCGGCAGCAAUCGACUAACAGGACCACUGCCCUUUUCCCUGGGUUGUCUAAAGAACGUGGAGCAGUUGAAUUUCGCAGGAAAUCUACUGUAUGGUAUGGUGCCGGAAGUCAUUUGUGCGCUUGGAAAUCUGGUAAAUCUAUCUUUGUCGGACAAUUAUUUCACAGUUGUUGGGCCUCUGUGUCGGAUUUUGAUAGGAAGAGGUAUAUUAAAUAUUAGGAACAAUUGCAUUCCAGAUCUGCCUUUCCAGAGACCAAUUGUUGAAUGUGCAAAAUUCCUAGCAUUUCCGAGAAUCUGCCCUCGCAUGUGGUCUUACACUUUCAUGCCCUGCAUGCUUCCCCCUUUUAAUCCCCCAAUUUCUUUCAUUCCCAAAUACUGGCCACAUUUGCCCUAGUUUUAUACAUUCCGAGCCUCAUCUCGGAAGCGCAUUGUCUGUGUUUUUCAAUUGUAAUUCCAAGAACAUUCUCAGUUAAAUCUUCCAUCAAUCCCACAGCAAGGGGAACCGGAUUUAUACACUACAAUUCAUUAUCGUUUCCUAAUUCAGACCAUUUCCCGUCGGCACUAUGGCAUUA